AUGUCAGGUAACAACGCAGAAUACAGAGAAGCUUUCGCUUUAUUCGAUAAAAGAGGUACAGGUCAAGUACCCAGAGAAUCAUUAGGUGAAUUAUUGAGAUCGCUGGGACAAAAUCCGACUCAAGCAGAAGUAUCUCAAUUGGAACAAGGUGUAGGAUCAUCUUUCGGUUAUGAUGAAUUUAUAAACGUCUUGAAUAGACCUGACGGUUGGAAACCUGCUGGAACAGCUGACGAAUUCAUCAAAGGAUUUCAAGUAUUCGAUAAAUCAGGAAACGGGUUUAUCGGUGCAGGAGAAUUAAGAUAUGUUUUAACUCAAUUAGGUGAAAAAAUGUCUGAUGAAGAGGUCGAUGAAUUAUUAAAAGGUUUCCCAGUACAAGACGGUCAAAUCAAUUAUCAUUCUUUCGUCAGAUCAAUUCUCGCUCAAUAA